CAUGGAUCCCGAGGCCCUAGCAGCGAUUGGGCAGCGAGACUUAACAGAAACGGAGAAAAAAGAAAUACGCAGAGUUUACAGAUCUAUCGACACGAAUGGGGAUAACAAACUGAGUGCUGGGGAAAUUUUAAGAGGGGCACAGCUACUGGGUAUCAGUCCAACUCGAGAAGAAGUCAAUUCAUGGAUGUCGGAAACGGACAAGAAUGGCGAUGGUUAUAUGGGAUAUAAGGAAUUCUUUGAAACUAUGAAAACUAAAAUGUUGGCCAAGGAACAUGAGAGGAAACAGUUUGAAAAAGCCUUUAGAAAGUUUGAUACUAAGAACAAUGGUUAUCUUAACAAAGCACAACUUGCCAAAGCACUGAGAAGAUAUGGGGAAGAAUUUACACCGGAAGAAGAAGAAGAGUUCUUUAAAAUAGCGGAUACAAAUGGCGACGGCAAAAUUCAAGUGGAGGAGUUUGUGGACCUUUUCAUGGGAACUGGUUGAUCGAUGGAUACGGGUUUCAGCAAUUUUAUCAUGG